AUGGGGACUGACCAUGAAAACCCAUUCCUGAGGAACGUGCUCAUCAGCUUCAACUUGCUGCUGCUGGGUGCUGUCCUGAAACCCUUUGAGUGCCGGCUGGAGGCGACCACAGAGCCAGGGGAGAGGCUGGACGAGGAGGGUGGCCUUGCCAACUGCAGCCCACCCAUCAGAGAGCAGCCCAUGGUCUUCCACCACGUCUACAACAUCAACAUCCCCCUGGAGAGCUGCUGCUCCUCCCUGUUCAAGCCUUCAGCCGAGGAGGUGAGUUCGGAAGACGAGCGGCUGGCGGAGUUGGCGGAGCAGACCUCUGACAGCGAGAGCCAGGUCACCUUCACCCACAGGAUAAACCUGCCCAAGCAGGCUUGCAAGUGCCCCACCUCCCUCCCGUCCCUGCAGGAGCUGCUGAGCAGGAUUGAGAUGCUGGAGAGGGAGGUGUCCGUGCUCCGGGACCAAUGCAACUCCAAUUGCUGCCAAGAAAAUGCAGCCACAGGUAGUCGUGCCAUCAUCCUGUUAGCUCUUGCUGGGGGCCCAGGGCUUGAGCAAAAGGCAGGAGAAAUAAAGACAUAUGUGGUGAUGCCACUCAGAGGGGGCACCACCGGGGAGGACUGUCCCCAGCCACACUGCCCCGACGGCUGCGGAGGCCGCGGGAGCUGUCGGGAUGGGCUCUGCGUCUGCCAGGAGGGCUACGGAGGGAUGGACUGCUCGGCAGUGGAUCCUCCGGAGAACCUGAGAGCGGCGGCGAUCGGCGACAGCUCCAUCGAGCUGACGUGGGACAGCCCCGGGGCAGCCACAGAGUACGUGGUCUCCUACCAGCCUCUGGGGCCUGGGGGCACCCAGCUCCAGCAGAGGGUACCCGGGGACUGGAGCAGCAUCACCAUCACAGAGCUGGAGCCAGGGGUUGCCUACAACGUCAGCGUCUACGCGGUCAUCGGCGACGUCUUGAGCAUCCCUGUUACCUCCAAAGUGAUGACCAACCUUGCCACACCACAGGGGCUGAAGUUCAAGACCAUCACAGAGACGACAGUGGAGGUGGAAUGGGAACCCUUCUCCUUCCCCUUUGAUGGCUGGGAGAUCAGCUUCAUCCCCAAGAAUAACGAGGGGGGGGUGAUUGCCCAGCUCCCCAGCACUGUCACCACCUUCAACCAGACGGGGCUGAAGCCAGGGGAGGAGUACACGGUUACCGUGGUGGCCCUGAAGGAACAAGCCAGGAGCCCUCCUGCCUCCAACAGCGUCUCAACCCAGAUUGAUGCCCCCAAGAACCUGCGGGUGGGCUCACGGACACCAGCCAGCCUGGAGCUCACCUGGGACAACAGCGAGGCUGAGGUGCACAGCUACAGGGUGGUCUACAGCACCCUGGCUGGGGAGCACUACCACGAAGUCCUGGUGCCCCGCGACACCGGUCCCACCACCCGGGCUACCCUGGCAGAUCUGGUGCCAGGGACAGAGUAUGGCAUUGGGAUCUCAGCCCUGAUGGACACCCAGCAGAGCGUCCCGGCCACCAUGAACGCCAGGACUGAGCUCGACAGCCCCCGGGACCUGCUGGUGACAGCAUCCACAGAGACAUCCAUCUCACUGGCCUGGACCAAAGCCACUGGGCCCAUCGACCACUACCGUGUCACCUUCAUCCCCUCCUCAGGGAUGGCCUCGGAAGUGACAGUGCCCCAGGACAAGUCACAGCUCACCCUCACAGAGCUGGAGCCUGGCACUGAGUACACCAUCUCCAUCAUUGCUGAGAGGGGACGCCAGCAGAGCCUGGAGGCCACCGUGGAUGCCUUCACAGGGGUCCGGCCCAUCACUCAGCUCCACUUCUCCCAGCUGACAUCCUCCAGCGUCAACGUCACCUGGAGCGACCCAUCCCCACCAGCAGACCGCCUGGUCCUCACCUACAGCCCCCAGGACGGGGAGGAGCCCCAGCAGCUCACCCUGGAUGGCACCCGCCGGCACGCCAGCCUGACCGGCUUGCAGCCCUCCACCCGCUACCUGGUGUCACUGGUGGCCAUGCACGGGGCCACCAGCUCCGAGCCCAUCCUGGGCUCCAUCCUGACAGCAAUCGAUGCACCCAAGGACCUCCGGGUGGGCAACAUCACCCAGGAGUCCAUGGUUAUCUACUGGACCCCUCCUGUUGCUGACUUUGACCACUAUAGGAUGACCUGCCAGGCUGCUGAAGGGAGGACAGACAGCACCACCAUACCAAGAGAUGCCACCAGGUACAUCCUCCAGCACCUGCAACCUGCCACCAAGUAUGAGAUCGGGCUGAGGAGCAUCUGGGGCCGGGAGGACAGCGAGGUCACCUCCAUCACUGUGCACACAGCUAUGGAUGCCCCCUUGGGGGUCACAGCCACCAACAUCACCCCCACGGAGGCAUUGCUGCAGUGGAACCCCCCACUGUCAGAGGUGGAGAGCUACAUCCUCAUCCUCACCCACCACACAGGAGAAACAAUUGUUGUGGAUGGAGUCAACCAGGAGUACCAGCUGACCAACCUACUGCCCAGUACUGCCUACACAGUCUCCAUGUAUGCCACCCAUGGGCCCAUCACCAGCCAGACCAUCAGCACCAACUUCACAACCCUUUUGGAUCCUCCAACCAACCUGACGGCCAGCGAGGUGACCCGACGGAGCGCCCUGCUCUCCUGGCUGCCCCCCGUGGGGGACAUUGAGAACUAUGUCAUGACCUACAGAUCCACCGACGGCAGCCGCAAGGAGCUGAUUGUGGAUGCUGAGGACACAUGGAUCCGCCUGGAGGGGCUUUCUGAGACCACAGAGUACACGGUGCUCCUGCAGGCUGCCCAGGACGCCACGCGGAGCGGCUUCGUCUCCACCACCUUCACCACAGGCGGGCGUGUCUUUGCCAACCCUCAGGACUGUGCCCAGCACCUGAUGAAUGGAGACACCCUGAGUGGUGUCUACACCAUCUCCAUCAACGGGGACCUCAGCCAGAAGGUGCAGGUGUACUGUGACAUGACCACAGACGGCGGCGGCUGGAUCGUCUUCCAGAGGAGACAGAACGGGCUGACUGAUUUCUUCCGAAAAUGGGCAGAUUACCGGGUUGGCUUUGGGAACCUGGAGGAUGAGUUCUGGCUGGGCUUGGACAACAUCCACAGGAUCACGUCGCAGGGGCGCUACGAGCUGCGCGUCGACAUGCGGGACGGGCAGGAGGCAGCCUACGCCUACUAUGACAAGUUCUCUGUUGGGGACUCCAGGACCCUGUACAAGCUGAGAAUCGGGGACUACAAUGGCACUUCAGGGGACUCCCUCACCUACCACCAGGGCCGCCCCUUCUCCACCAAGGACAGGGACAACGACGUGGCUGUGACCAACUGUGCCAUGUCCUACAAAGGGGCCUGGUGGUACAAGAACUGUCACCGCACCAACCUCAACGGGAAGUACGGGGAGUCCCGGCACAGCCAGGGGAUUAACUGGUACCACUGGAAAGGCCACGAGUUCUCCAUCCCCUUUGUGGAGAUGAAGAUGAGACCUUACAACCACCGCAACGUCUCCGGGAGGAAGCGACGGUCCCUCCAGCUCUGA